AUGCGUGGGAAGCUAUCAGCCACUUUAUGUGGCUUGAGUGUGGAGCACGACCAAAAGUGUCUAGUUGCUUGGGCUAUUACUGCGUGGGCGUUGGCUGGCUAUUGGGAGAGGCGCACGAGCUUGGGAGUUGGAGAGGCUGGUAGCAACAAGGAAGAGGGUCGAGAGAGCUACGGAGGGCUGUUUCUAGGCGUGGAGCUGCGAGGAGAUUGUGGAAUGGAGAAUACAUUGAAGCCAGGAGAUGUCAUUCAGUGCAGAGAGUGUGGUUACCGUAUUCUUUACAAGAAGCGUACUCGCCGAAUUGUGCAAUACGAAGCACGCUAA